CAAACAGUGUGAGAGAGAGACCAGGAGAGAGAGCCAGAGUGGGUUUCACACUCUAACACACCUAACACAAACAGAUUAGAGCAGAUUAACAUGGAAUACCAGAAAAAUGAUUUAGAUCAGAGGCUUAACUAAUGAUUUCAUUUAAAAAAAGCAAUCUGUACAUUUGAUUCCUUCCAUCUUUUUCCUCCUCUACUUUAAGUUGUGAGGAGGAUGCUGUGAGAGGUAGAGGCAGGCCAGAACCUCUUAAUCGGGAAGUAGAAAGUUAAUAACAGGGUGCAGGUCACAGAACGUUAUGGAUUACUAAUACCUCCAGAACCAUAUGCAUACACACUAUGAGCUCUUGGACUUGUACGACCCGUCACCCUGAGCAUUAGUGUGAGUAAGAUAUACUGUAUCUGCCCUAAAAUGUGAUCAUACGGAAAACACUUGUACGCCAAAGCAAAAUGUAUUCCAAUAAUCUCUCCAUUGAUGAUACGUUUUACGUCUGGAUCUGAUAGUAUCUGUAUCAACUCUGUAUGAUCAAAACUCACUGUAGGACUAGAGUGAAAAGUUAGGCGACAGAGAUCUAGAUAGCAUAUCCGAUAGCUCUCUAAGGUUUAUGAUGAAAGGCGGCUAGGGACUAGUGAUCUAUUGACUCCCAAUACUGUUGAAUGGUUAGAGUGAAGAGCCCUAGGAAUCUAUAACAGCAUAAACCUUCAGUCCUGGUUGGACAGACAUGUCCUCCUUCCAUCCCUUUCUUUUCUCCUCGUGUGACCCCUCUCCUCUGUUCAUUUGUCCAUUCUGUCCAUCUCUUAUUUUCCAUCCCUCUUUUACCUUGACAGAAUCUUAUCCGACUCUCUCUUUCCCCUUCUCUCUAUUCUUGCUUUCCCUUUGUCCCCAUUUUCUAAUCUUUUCUCCACAUUGUUUUUAUCUUCUCUUGUUUUUUUACUCUGUUCUUUCUUUUUGAAACUCUCUUUCACUGAUUUCAACCAAUCACCAGAACUGUCAUCAUCUUCUUCAUCAUCCUCUACAUCACCAACAACAACUCCAUCCUCACAUACUGCUUUUGAUACUUAUAUCCCAUCUUCCUCCGUUUGUCCAUCUGUCUUUCUUCAUCCUCUUCUUCUCCUUCCCCUGCCCUGAGUCUCUACACACUUCCUCUCCUCCUGCCCUAUCCCUCCUUCUUGACCUUCUCUUACCCUCUCCCCUCCUCCCGGUGUGGCCAUGUUGGAGAACAUGUCUCGUCGGUCCCGCUCCCUGCUGUCCCUGACCCUGACCACUCUGGCUCUGGCCCUGUCCAUCCUGGCUCUCUGCACCUCCUACUGGUGUGAAGGGACUCACAAGGUGGUCAAGCCUCUCUGUCUGUCUCCGGUCAAGAUGAGGAACUGUGGGCAGAACAACAGUGAACCCUACACCACAGAGAGCCCAACUCAGAACCCAUACAACAGAACUCUGCCCCCCCAGAGGAGAGAUGAACUGGCUAAGAUCCGCCAGAGACAGCUGGACAAUGCUGUCCACUACAUCUGGGAGACAGGAGAGGACAAGUACACCUUCAGAUACUUCCACACGGGCUUCUGGGAGAGCUGUGAGAAACACGUUGAUGGUGAGAAGUGUCGCAGCUUUAUUGAGCUGACUCCUGGUGAAACACAAGGUGUGUUAUGGCUAUCGGUGAUAUCUGAGUUCACUUACAUCGGUCUAUUGGGAAUGGGCUUUCUGUUGAUGUGGUUGGAGUUGUUGUGUUCCCAUAAGGAGAUACACGCUCUCAAAAUCAACGCCUAUGCUGCCAUCUGCACCGUACUGUCAGGUCUGAUGGGUAUGGUGGCCCACAUGAUGUACACCACAGUGUUCCAGAUGACUGUCAUCGUUGGCCCUAAAGACUGGAGGCCUCAGACCUGGGACUACGGCUGGUCAUUCGCCCUGGCGUGGAUCUCCUUCAGCUGUUGUAUGGGAGCUGCAGUCUUCACCCUCAACUCUUACACCAAGACCAUCAUCGAGCUGCGCCACAAACAGAGGCUCCGAUUGGAGGAGACCCGCGCCGCCAGCCACGCCCCUCCAUACGAUGAGGUGGUCCCCGGGGGCGGGCUCUACUCUGUCAGCGGCCUAUUGCAGUGCCCAGACGGGAUGAUUGACGUGGCGUGGGCGCCUGACGGGACUGUCAUGGGGGUGGGGAACGGGGAUGUACCAACUCUUGUGUUGCUAGGAGGAUGUGGGCCAGAGGGCUGUGAGGACUGUGAAAGAGAGAUGGAUGAGAUGGAGGAGGCCAUGGAGAGGGAAAGAGCUGAUUCGCCCUGUUAAUAAGUGAUGGGUGGGGCUAAAGAGAAUAGAGGAGGACUAUGGGUAAUGUAGUCACUUUACAGGUACAGUAUAUGCCCCUUGAGCUCUCAAGAUGGAAAGAUUGAGACAGAGAAAGACUGAGACAGAGAAAGACUGAGACAGAGAAAGACUGAGACAGAGAAAGAGUGAGACAGAACUUGAUGGACAUGGGACACAGGAACUAUGUUGGCUGUAAGAGCUACAGUAUCCCCUCUUUGACAUUGAACAGAGAUCACCUUGACAUACAUGGUUCGGGCUAACACUCCUCACAUUGUCAUUCAUUAAUACAAUAGUGCCUAAUGGUAACAGAUUGUUAUACAGUAUUGUUAUACAGUAUACAGUAUGUAUGUAAAUGUAUCCAUGUUAGAAAUAGUUUUACCAUAAGAAUCCAAUACUUUCUGAACAUUGUAAAACAUGCUUUUCACUUGGUCUGAAUGGGUCCCGUUCUG